AUGAACGCUCCCGAUCGUUACGAGCGAUUCGUCGUUCCUGAGGGCACCAAGAAGGUUUCGUACGAGAGGGACACGAAGAUCAUAAAUGCGGCUUCAUUCACAAUCGAGAGAGAAGACCACACCAUCGGAAACAUUGUUCGCAUGCAAUUGCACAGGGACAAGAAUGUCCUCUUCGCUGGUUACAAGUUGCCUCACCCUCUUCAAUACAAAAUCAUAGUCAGGAUUCACACUACUAGCCAGUCAUCUCCAAUGCAGGCAUAUAAUCAGGCUAUCAAUGAUUUAGACAAGGAACUUGACUUUCUGAAGAAUGCAUUUGAGGUGACUUCUUCUUACUCUUUAUUAUUCUUGGAACUAUAA